AACAAGUUGCUCAUUGGUUGUAAAUCAAAACUGGUGAUAGAUAACAUAUUCAAAAUAAAAAAAACUCAAACGCGCUCCAGAUUUGAGAAAAACUGCUGCAAUAAAGUUAGACAUCACAUACUUCUUAUGAUAUAGUUAUCACCAUCAGAACCCACUAUGAUAUGAAGCAUAUCAGUCGGUGUAUACCUUUCAGAAUCCAAUUGAGAACUUUAUUAAGAGGCAUUCAUGCGACAUCCCGCGAAAUCAUACCUUCAGAACCACUUAUGCCGUUGUCAGAUCCCAUUUUAGCAGCAGCAUCACCACCAAUUGAAGAAGUUAUUGAAGAUAAUGAAACUAAAACAGAGAAUCAAGAAAUAAGAAAGUUAUUAAAGAAGUUCAUACUCCCUAUAGACUAUCAUACCCUGAAAGAUCCAAAUGGGGAAUCAAACGAAUUUGAUUUGCUAGAUAAUUUAGAAAAUGAUGCGUUAAGAAAUCUUUAUUUCAAUUGGAAUAUACCCACUUCAAAAUUAUUACCAUUGUACAAUAACAGUAAUCUGAACCCAUACGAAUUUCAUUCAACUACUAAUGCUGAUAAUUCAUAUGUGACCAGUCCAAGACUCUCAGUUACAAAGUUAUUAACCAAUUCAUGGUGUGAAUUACGUGAUUUUUAUAAUAUUUAUGCUGGAUCACCAGGGUUCAAACCUACUGCUGCCAUCAAAUUAGGGUUAAAGAGACAUACAGCUUUAGAAACCGAAACUCAUGUGAUUAUAGAUUCUAUAUCGUUGACAAAGUUCUUAACUAGGCAUAUGAAACAAAAUAUAGAAGUAUAUCAUGAUUUGAUUGAAGCUACUGAUGAUGAGAAUUUACUUUUAAUGUAUGAAUCUGAUUUGGAAGCAUUUAACAAGUUUGCUAUCGGGAAUAAACAAGAAUCAGAAUUAGCAUUGGAAUGGUGUGAUCAAAUAAUUACUCGUAUGUUUUCAUUAAUACGAACUUCUGAAGCUAGAGAGAUUUUAGUUCAUGGAUUUUUGAAUUUACAUGAUCGAGAAUUCUUGUCAACAACUGAACAACUUGAGUCAUUUCCCUAUAAAACAGGUGAUGCUAAUGAAAAUAGAGUAUUGGUAAGUGGUAUUGUUGAUUAUUUCUCACUUACGAAUAGUUCAGAUCCAGACGACUAUGAUUUAUUUGAAGAGAUCAAUGAUUAUCUUCAAAGAGAGUAUCAAGAUGUAAGCGUUGAUAUGACAAGAUACUUUGAAGAUAUCCCAUCAAUAAUGAAAAAAUAUGCUGGAGUUUACAAGCUCAAGACUACUGAUGUCAAGACAAGAUCUCUGAAUUAUGUGCCCGGUCAGCGAUCUGUAAUAGAAGCUGCUAAACAUCAAAUAUUCUUCUAUAGAAAGAUGAUGGGGCUAUUAAGUAAUGAGUCAGGGGACGAUCCUCAUUUUGCGUAUCAUAGUUUAAUAGAGAAUGCUAAAGUAAGAGGUCUUGAUGUGGAUGAACCAAUUAAUGUUAUAUCAUUGAUAACUAUUCUUAGAAAGUAUCCUAAAUUGUUAUUGAAUGAUUUUGUGAAAUUGAGUCAAGGUGAACCUAUUGGAUUCGAACCUUUCGAUGAAUAUUGUGAAUCUAAUCCAUUUGAAGGAAAGUACAAUAUAAGUUCAAUCAUUGAAACUGCUCAAAAUAUCGAUGUGCCAUAUGAAAGAAUUAAAAUAGAUGAUUUAGUUGAAAUCGAUCCUUUCAAUUUUCAUGACGUAUUCCCACAAGAGGUAAUGGGGAAUUGGGUAACACCACCAACCUUGAGGUACUUUGCGGCUAGAGGAUCUCAAUUUUACGCUCUCAUAAAAGACUUAUUAGGAGAUGAAACUUCAGUUGAAUAUCAUAAUGGUAGGACUAACAGGUGUUUCAAGACGGUUAAAUAUAAAUAUGAUAUCGAAGUCUUGAACAAACAAACCACAUUGGCAUCUACAUUCUGGACAGGUGAAAGGUUUCCUAGUCACACCAAUGAUCACAAAAUGUGUGGUUAUUGCAGUUUCCGCUCACAAUGCUUGAUUCCAAAUAGUGACUUACCAGUGGAUCAUAAUCGGAAAUUAUUAGGGCCAAAAAUAAGUCAAUUUUUGCAUUCGUAAAUAGUAAAUGGGUAUAGGUAUUUAAUGGAAUAGUAAUAAUAUAGAAAAGUGAUUAACAAAAUGUAAAUCAUCAUCAAAAGAAUAUCAUACACUGACAUUUUCUUCGGAAAGAAGUAUGGAUUCUUCUGCAGAUGGUUUGAUCAAUUUAUGGGACUCGUUUACCAAUAACAUCGAUGGAAUGGCAUGCAAUUGGUGAUAAAUCCCGGUUUGUAAUUUGUUCA